AUGCCUGGUUCUCAUAAGCUAUGCAUGAUCCCAGGUCCCGUCGAGUUUGACGAGGCAGUCCUCGCGGCAAUGGCUGCGCCAGCUACCUCCCACGUCUCGCCCAACUUUAUCGAGACGUUUGGAAGCACCAUUGAGCUGUGCCGUAAGGUUUUCUUGGCUCCUAACGGCCAGCCGUUCAUCAUCGCGGGUUCUGGCACCCUCACGUGGGACAUCACCGCCGCCAACCUCGUCGAACCUGGGGAAAAUGUGCUCGUCGUCAACACCGGGGUUUUUGGAGACUGGUUUGGAGAGUGCUUGGGCGUCUACGGCGCGAACGUCACCCACGUCCGUGCUCCCUUUGGCGCUCGUCCCAGCCUUGAGGAGAUCGAAAAGGCGCUGACGGCCAAAAAGUACAAGCUCAUCACCGUCACGCACGUGGACACGUCGACCAGCGUGUUUGUUGACAUCAAGAGCAUCGCAAAGAUGGUUAAGGAAAAGUCGCCUGACACCUUGAUUGCUCUGGAUGGAGUGUGCUCUGUGGGAGCGGAGGAAAUCCGUCAAGAGGAGUGGGGCUUGGAUGUUGUCAUGACCGCCAGUCAGAAAGCGCUCGGAACCCCACCGGGGUUGGCCAUCAUGGUUGUGAGCCAGCGUGCUCUGGAAGUUGCGGCGAACCGAAAAGCUGAGCCCAGAACGUACUUUGGGUCAUUCAAGAAGUGGCUCCCAAUCAUGAAGCAGUACGAGGCCCGGAAGCCCUCCUACUUUGCCACUCCCAGCGUGCAACUCAUCCUGGCCCUUCACACGAGUCUGAAGCAAUUGGUGGAUCAGGGAAUGGAAACCCGAUUUGCCAAGCACAGGGAGGCGUCGAAGAAGGUCAAGGAUGCGUUGGAGAAGUGGGGUCUCAAGUUGGUUCCACAUAGCAGAGAUAUCGCCGCUAACACGCUGAGCGCUGUUUACUACCCAGACGGCAUCAAAGGUCCUGAGCUUCUGCAGAAGAUCGGCGCCGCUGGCGUCGUUGUCGCUGGAGGCCUGCAUCCGGAACACGCCGCGAAGUAUUUCCGUAUUGGACAUAUGAACGUGAGCGCUGUAAAUGAGGCGGAGAACGGUCACCUGGACAAAACUUUGCACGCGAUAGAGAGCGCAUUGAAGGUGAAGCGUCACCCAUCGCCGUCUUUAUGA